AUGUCGUACAAGUUAGCGACUCCUAAACGUCGUGUCACGUACUAUACUGGCAAAUUAGAAACACUUAUAACUCGUUUCAAGGCUGAAGGGUUAGAAUCAGUCAAAUUUCCUGAGGCAGACGGGGAACUUUCACACGUAUCCGCGCGGAGUAGUCUCCAACGACUCGAAGAAGGAGUUGGAGCCAUUGAAACGACAACAUCAAAAAUCGAGGAGAAGCUGAAGGAUUAUGCCGAAGAAAUGGACAACUUGGUAGAACCCAGUCCGAAGGAUAUAGAAGAUUUUGAAGGCUACUCAUCGAGGGCGGAAAACGCAAUAAGCAUGGCCUUCGACUACACUUUACAACUCCGAGCGCGCAUACAAGUCUUCCACUCCUACGAUCGUCGAUGCUCCUGCUCCGGCCAGUUCUCGGAUCAGAACACUCAACACCUCAUCCGUGAAAAUGGAGAAGCUGAACUUAGUUCACCAAAAUUGUACACCAACGAACUCCACGAAGACUCACAAGUUUUUCCAUACAACUUUUGGUUACGGGUGAAGUACACCGACGACAAUAUUCGAAGCAACGUGAAUAUUUUCCAACAGUCUCAGCAGAAAGUGACACUACCUCUUCCAGCCUUGAUAGGGCGACCAGAAUCUAGUCAAGUGUUCCAUCUGGCUUACAGCUCACAACUUGCAAAGUUUACUCACGCAAUGGUGUCGCAACUUGAGUGCUACAAGUAA